UAUAAAAUUAGUCUACAAUGAACUUCAUCAGAAUAACACUUUUAGUUGUUUUUGCAAUAUCGGUUGUUGUUGCUCAUGAGUACAAAGAAGUUCAACUUGAACCUAAUGGCAAGCCAUUUCCUGGUCUAAAAAGAGGAUCUCGAAGUGAAGUCAUACCUAGCGCGGAUUCUAAAAUUGAAGGCCGUAUUGUAAACGGACAUUAUGCCUCGGCAGAACAGUUUCCAUAUCAUGUUGCGGUGAUUUCUGGGUAUGGAAGUUCUUAUAGCUAGUGCGGUGGAGCCCUGAUAGGAAAUGAAUGGAUGGUUACCGCAGCUCAUUGCACUACUGGAGCUCGAACAAUCGAGGUGCGAUUGGGAAGUAUUAACAGUGAUACGCCCCUAAGAAUUUCUUGGGGAUAUCAAAAUCACCUUCACCCGGACUUUGGUACAAAACAUGGUGAUAUAGCAUUGGUUAAGAUCCAAUGGGUUGAUUUUAAUGCUAACAUGGCACCAGCAUCUUUGCCACCUUUAAAUGGUCAACACUCGCUCUAUGUAAAUGACAAUGCUGUUGCUACAGGAUGGGGAAAUACUGAUAGUAAUGGCAGCAAAACAAAUCGUCUCAAAUACAUUGUGACGAAAGUUAUAGAACCUCAAGAAUGUGCGAAUGUUUAUGGAUCAUUUGCUGGGGACCCUCAAGUAAUUUGCACCCGAACACAGGGCGGAAUAUGUUCUGGUGACUCUGGUGGUCCAUUGGUUAUAGAAAACACCCGAUUGUUAGUGGGUAUUACUUCAUUUGUGGGAGCUGAGUGUGGUGCAGGUCUUCCCGAUGGAUUUACAAGGAUAACUUAUUAUUUGGGUUGGAUAAAGGAUAUAUCUGGCAUAUCUUGGUAAAAAGAAUUUGGAAAAAUGUGUAUAUUGACAAAUAUAAAACAAAUAAAUAAUAAAUUUUUGGCAAGGGAUUAAACAUGGAUAUUU